ACUACUGGCUCGUCAAAGAAAUACAAUGUGCCUGCGAUAGUUUGUGGCCUAUAUUCGCGCCCGUCUGAAACGUUCUCAUCGCGUAUAGCUGUUACUGUAGUACAACAAGAACCGUUACGCCGUGAAGUUGGCCCCGGUACAAACAACGCGACGACAACGACGUUCGCGAUUAAAUUAAAAACUACUUUUGCCACAACAGUUUAGAGUUAAGUUAUAAUCAUUUUUUGUAUUAAAAACGUUUAAUGUUUACAUCGGUGAAUUCGAUCACUUCAUUAAUGAGGAAGAAACGAAGGAAAUCUUGAUUUAAUUCAUCUCAGUCAAGAAAUGGAUAACCACGUUUCAGUGCUUUUAGUUCUUCUUUCGUUUAUAUCGCGCGUGGUUUUGCUCCUUUAAAGGAACCUUAAUGACGGAUGGAUGGGUCGAAAUGUCAUCCUUAGGAAUUAUGACUCUGACGCGUACGCCGUGUGAGCUUGACAAAAUGAGUCUGUUCCAAGACCUGAAGCUGAAACGCAGGAAGGUAGACUCACGCUGUAGCAGUGACGGCGAAUCGGUCGCGGAUACUAGCACAUCAUCACCCGACCUAAUCAGUCCCGCCUCCCCGAAGAUGUCCGAAGUGGUCCAGAAUCCCCCGAGUCCAGAUAGCACCCCGGGUCGUGGUAUCAAAUUGGAACCUCUCGGCCACGAACCACUAACAACUGGUUUGGAGGAUUCCGGAGUCUUUGAUGGCGGCGGAAUCAGUAUUCACCACCACCCGGAAACCAACUCCUCCUCAAAUAGGAACACCUCCGUCAUCAAACCCCUGCCCAUCGUAUCUAGGUCACAUAGUCCUCCACCCGUCCUGAGGCCCCCUUCAUCCGCGAGCCCAGUUUCCCAACCACCAAGGCCACACAGUUCACCAGGAAGACCGGCGAACGUGAGUCCAGUGAUACGACAUAGCCCCAGCCUGAUAAUGCACCCACCAACUUCACCACAACGCCAGCAACAAGGAAGCCCCGGAUGUCAUAGUGGAGGGGUUAGUUCGCCUCCUUUCGUUUCGAAUAUGAGAAGUUUGGGAGUGAUUACCACCCAGAACACCGUGAUACAAAAUCAACUUUGGUUUCAAAGUCCGAGAAUAAACGGGGUGAAACCUGAACUAAUCGGGGGUAACUUCGGGGCUAACUUGCUUUCACCACAUCGGACGUCAAAUGUAAAUAUUAAAGGGGCACCGACUGUAAUUAUGGGGGAAUCGGGUGGAGUACGAACGAUGGUUUGGAAAAACGCGGAAGACCAAGAGAAAGAGUUACUUGCCACCGGACUACCUACAACGUCAGGGGGUCCAAUGAACUGGAGUCCGGGACUUAGUUCCAACUCAACCGGAUCAAACCCUGAGGAAAACGCAGCUCAAAUGUUGCUCAAUCUCGGUCAGGAGCGCCGACCAUCGAUACGAUCUCCUGCUCCCAAUGUACGAUCUUCACCCCAUCAUAACCCCUCAUCGAUAUCUUCGCCCAUUUCUCAUUUUACCAACGUUCCUCUUAACAUGGAGAGGCUAUGGGCUGGAGAUUUAACGCAAAUUCCGGGAUCCGCCGGAAAUAGCAGCAAUUUAAAUCUACCCUUAACGAACUUAUCCUCGUCAUCUUCUUCGAAUCAACAAGCUUUAAAUCUUUCCUCGCCCACAUCAUCAUCUUUAGCCUCAUCGUUAAGUUCAUCUUUAUCACCAACGCAGCAACAUCCAAACAGCAUGCUUUACGGAAGUGGGGGUGGAAGAACCGGGGGAUUACUUCAAGAUGUUGUACAACUACAACAACAACAACAACAACAAGACUGUCCGGAAGAGGAGGAACAACCAAUGAUCUGCAUGAUAUGCGAAGAUAAAGCGACCGGUCUUCAUUACGGUAUCAUCACUUGUGAGGGGUGUAAAGGUUUUUUUAAAAGGACGGUGCAAAAUCGGAGGGUGUAUACUUGUGUUGCCGAUGGAAACUGUGAAAUUACGAAAGCCCAAAGAAAUCGGUGUCAGUACUGCAGGUUUAAAAAAUGCAUCGAACAAGGGAUGGUGCUUCAAGCUGUUCGAGAAGAUCGAAUGCCGGGUGGAAGAAACAGCGGUGCUGUUUACAAUUUGUACAAAGUAAAGUACAAGAAACACAAGAAAACCGCCGCGAAACAAACGGCGACGAAACCAGCCGAUAAACCUCUUCAACUUUCACCACAAAUGAAACAAGAGUCUCCAACCAGCAUCCCAUCUCACUUAGUGAACGGCACCAUUUUAAAAACGGCGUUAACGAACCCUAGCGAAGUCGUACAUCUUCGCCAAAGGCUCGAUAGUGCCGUUAGCAGUUCAAGGGAUCGAAAUUAUUCGAUAGAGUACACUAGAUCCAUGAUACAGACGCUCAUAGACUGUGAUGACUUCCAGGAUAUUGCCACACUGGAAAACCUCGAAGAGCUCCUCGACCACAAAUCGGAUCUCAACUCAAAGCUCAUUCAAAUCGGCGACUCGAUCGUUUACAAAUUGGUACAGUGGACGAAGAGGUUACCGUUUUAUUUAGAACUUCCAGUUGAGGUCCAUACGAGGCUACUAACUCAUAAGUGGCACGAACUUUUAGUUUUAACCACUUCUGCUUAUCAAGCGAUACACUUUCGGAGCCACAAGAGGUCUUUGGAGCAAAUGGCUUCUACUGGAGAGACUGAUUUUAACCAAGAGGUAAACAAUAAUUUGCAAACGCUUCAGACGUGUUUGGCAUCUAUGAUGGGUAAAUCCAUUACGAUGGAACAACUGCGGCAAGACGUGGGUCUUAUGGUCGAGAAAAUUACGCACGUAACCCUGAUGUUUCGAAGAAUUAACCUCACAAUGGAGGAAUAUGUGUGCCUUAAAGUUAUUACUAUGCUUAAUCAAGCAAGGGCUGGAGUAACUGGUAGUCCCGAAUUAGAAAACAUCCAAGAGCGAUACAUGACUUGUUUAAGGGCGUACACCCAACAUAUCUAUCCGCAGGAUCCAACAAGAUUUCAAGAUCUCCUCGUCAGAUUACCCGAGGUUCAAUCGGCAGCUGCACUUUUACUCGAAAGUAAAAUGUUUUACGUUCCUUUCCUGUUAAACUCCGCGAUUCAAAGAUAGUACUAAUCACGAUCAUCCCUCCUCGCGACAUUCAUCCCCACACACGAAACUGUUAAAUUUUAAAACUUUAACAGCACGUCUUUAUUAUUAUUAUUAUUUUUUUCAUCAUCUUUUCUCGUCAGCGCGAAUUAAAUAGAGAUUUAAACAAAAAUAGGAGUAUAAAAAGAGAGAGAUUGAGAUCUAUUACUAUUAUUACUAUUUACAUAAGAAUGAAAAUCGUUUUUUUCUUUUUUUUUAAUUAAUUAAUUAAACAAAUUCACAAAAAAAUAUUCCUUCGUCGUCUUUUUGUAAGUAAUGUAUAUACACAUAGAUUUAAAACAACUAUACUGCCACUUUUUUGACGGGAGAAAAAGUUUAAACAAAAAAAACUAAAAUAAAAAAAUAUUGCGAUAUAUACAAUUUAAAUAUACAAUUUUUUUAUUGUAUUAGAAAAAAAUACCGCGUCCGAGUGUACAUACAUGAAUAAAACAGUUGAUUGGCAACUAUAAUUAUAAAAUAUUUAAUUAAAUUAUUAAUUUAAUUAAAAAGGGGAGGGGAGACUACUUAAUUUCAAGAACUGAAAUUUGUAAUUUUUUUAAUCGCAAGAAAAAGUCAACUGUAUUGUGAUAUUUGUGUACACGGCGUAGGUCAAAAAUGCACUGUAAGUUCAACAUUUUCAAGUUACCAAUAUUUAUAUAGAUUUUUUACACGCAAACGUGCUACUAUUUAAAAAGAAGAAAAUUAUUUAAUUAUUUAAAAAGAAACAAUUAAUUAAAGAACACCGGACGACAAAAACACCGUUGACAUCAAAAAAAUUUAUAUAAAAGAAAUUUUUUGAAAUCUAAAAAUGUACUAAGACGAGUUGGUUUUCUUUUUUAACAAAAAAGAAGGGGAACCACAACACACCUCCGACCACCAAAUGCAUAAUACGUACCAAGAAGCGAGAGUUUUUUUUAUUAAAAAAAAUAAUAAUAGGAAAAAGAGCGUAUUCGCCCGCGCGCGCGUUAUGUGUUCGGAAUUUCUUCAAAAUGUCCGAAACUAAAGUCUGAAAACCGUUGCCUUUGAAAAAAACCCGUGGCGCGGUUGUGACGUUUCGUCCUUUUUUUCUUUUACACAAAAAAGAUAAAUUACAACUCAAAAGAACGAACCUAAUUAAUUAUUUAUUAAAUAACA